AUGAAGAAAGCAUUACAAGAAGUCCACCAAGCUAAUAAGAACAACGGAUCCACGAAAGUAUUUCCUCAUGGUGGUGAUCGCAGUAAAGAAGGUGAUGAUAUUCAACCAAGCAAGCAGUACAACUACAUGUUAAGAAUGAAUUACCAACAAGGUCAAACAAAGGAGGCCAGACAGAAAAGCAAAAAUACUGAGCCUCCAAUGCCGAACCUUCCUCCCUACAUUACGCAACAAAUGGACGGGAAGGAAGAUCUGAACCCAGGUUUUGAUGACAAACGAACGCGAGGUCCUCCCCCACCCUACCAUACACCAUCUCCUACAGUAUUUGAUGAUGAAUAUCCUGAAACAAGCAUUGAUGAUGAAACAAUCACACCAAGCCCAACUACAGUUAACUCACGUAGAAGCACGGCACCUGAGAUACCUCCACUCAAGUUAACCAAUCUGAAUGGUGUUCUACAACGACAAUCAUCUGUUCCUAUGUCUGGUGAACCUGAUGAAAGGGUUUUAAACUUAGAAGUGAAAGUAUCAGAAGGCCACGUAUUGACAGAAUACGACGGGAUAUGCAGGACACGUCGUGGUCAGUUUGAUCUUGACUCCAUGGCAACCAGGGAUCGCGUUAAGGAGGUUAUACCUUAUCGUGACUGCAGGGUGACACUGCCACCAACAGAUGACAACCCCACGGGGUAUAUUAACGCAUCGCAUAUUAAGGUUGAAGUAGCCGGCACAAUACACAAAUACAUUGCAUGUCAAACGCCUCUCGAUGAUUAUGAAAGUGACUUCUGGCAGAUGGUUUGGCAAGAAGGAGUUUCUAUUGUUGUGCUUAUUGCUAAGGAAAUUGAACACGGCAAAUGUCGGUGUGUGCGAUACUGGCCAACUGAACAAGAUGAAACGUUCGGAGAUUUCAAAAUAUCGUGUCGGUUCGUGACAUCACCAAACGAUGAUGUCACCGAUGUUUCAAGGAAGCGAGUCACUCGUAGUUUGGUUGUGGAACACCGUGGGGAGAAGCGAAGUGUGUGGUUGUUGCAAUACCUAGGGUGGCCGGAGACAGGGGUGCCUAAGGACACAAAGGAAUUUCUAGGUUUCAUGGAAGAGUUAGAAUCAAUCCGUCGAUUAAACGCGGACGAAGCAUCGGUGGUUGUGCAAUGCGCAUCAGGGUCGGGUCGAUCGGGUGUGCUGAUACUCGCUGAACUCAUGAUACAAUGUCUGGAGCAUAAUGAGUGUUUCAACAUACUAUGCAUACCAGCGGUUCCCAAACUUCUUCCUUCCAACUAUUUAUUCUAA